AAAAGGAAGGAAGAAAGGACAGAAAAUGGAUCCAACGGGAAACGUUUAUCCAAGGAGAAUGCAGGACUACGAAGAUGAGGAGGAGAGAAAGCACUUCCAGCGUAUCGUCUCCGCGUUCAAGUACUACAAAACACAUUCCCUUCAGCGAGUGAAGAAGACAGAGACUUACUUACAGUCGCUUCCGCUGCAUCACCAGAAGCUUCUAUCAAAUUAUCGGGACCACUUGCAGGAAGUGAAACGUUGCAUUGAAAACAAUGACGAAAUCAUUAAACUCAUCAUAAAAGAUGUGGCUAACAUUUUUGAGAACGUUAGUCCUGGUGCCUCACAGACGGAGAGUACGCUCAGCCUUCGGCCGAUCAUGGCAGAUCAAGAAAAAGUGCAGGCAACAAUCAAGCAGCUAGUUCGAGAUUGGAGCACGGAAGGAGCCGAAGAACGAAAAGCCUGCUACCAGCCAAUUAUCGACGAAAUUCUACUGCAAUUUCCCGUGGAUAUCUGUAAUCCAGCGGAAGUGCAAGUUCUAGUGCCAGGAGCCGGACUGGGGAGGCUCGCUUACGAGAUAGCGCGAUGCGGAUACACGUGCCAAGGAAACGAAUUCUCCCUGUUCAUGCUCUUUGCAUCGCACUUUGUGUUGAACAAAUGCAGAGGGAUAAACUCCUAUCAAGUACAUCCGUGGGUGCAUCAGUACAUGAACAACUUGGAGCCGGAGCACCAGACACAGGCGGUUUUAUUCCCAGACAUGGAUCCCAGUAAUCUUCCGGAGAACGCUCAGUUCUCCAUGGCUGCUGGAGACUUUCUCGAGGUCUACACGGAAAACAAUCACUGGGACUGCGUGGCCACCUGCUUCUUCAUUGAUUGUGCCAAUAACAUUGUACAGUUCAUCGAGACGAUAUACAAUAUCCUGAAACCAGGAGGUAUAUGGAUAAACCUCGGUCCAUUGCUUUAUCACUUCAGUGAUAUGCCGAUGGAGGACUCGAUAGAGCCCAGCUAUAGGGACGUUCUCAAAGUCAUCCGAGGUUUUGGCUUCGGAUUGGAGAAGGAGAUAACGCACAUGAAGACGCGCUACGCGCAGAAUGUGAGCAGCAUGCUGCAGUGCGAGUACAAUAGCGUUUACUUCGUGUGUCGGAAACCGAAGAGGCAUACCCUGAUGGAUGGGAUCCGUCCCAGGAACGGGUCGGAGAGCAAUGGGCUACCGGAGCAGGAGAACUAGCUGGGUUUCCUCGUGGGAGGCGGAGAAGUGCUCCACUCGGUCAGCCUCUGGGACACCGAUGACCUAGUCCUCGCGCAGUCGCACCUUCCUGGACCUGUUGUGUCCACCUGGUGCGUCCGAUCGGGCCUUCCUUGUAAAUUCAAGAUGGGGAACAGUGCUUUCAGUCCUGAGCCAUUCUUGACUCAGGCGAGAGAAACAAGGGAGGACUGCCAUGUUUCAUCUCAAUGACGAAGUGUCUUUCAGAUACUUUAGAAGAGUCGUUUAAGAGAUUUCUCGUACCUUACUCGCGUCAAUUCCGAUGAGCAGAUCGGCCACUUUUUAGUCGACAGAGGUUAACGAUGGACUUCUUUUAGUACCCUUGAAAUUGUACAUGUUCCUCGCGGAUAUGUUGCGACGUUUCGAGAAGAAUUUUUGUAAUGACGCUGUCAUGGUGUAGGGGAGAAAAGAAGCUUUAUCGAACCUUUUUUUUAAAUGCUAAGUGUGGUCAGUGACAGCUAGUGGGUCGAACGAAAUGGCAUCGAAGUUGAUUUUAUUCACAAGAAGUCGCCUUUCGUUUCGAUGUUGAUGCUCCUGACAAAACUGGCUCCGUUCUCGCUCUGAGGGAAGCGCGAAUUCGCUGUUUAGAGGUUAAGACAAUCUUGCAGAGACUACGCGUUCAGCCAGGUUUAUUGGUUAUGUGAACGCACUCGAAUUUUUGCCGCAUUUGGAAGGCGAGGUUUUCGGGGCGUUAGUGAAAUUUAAAGAAUAGUUUUUUGCAAAGUUAUAAACGUUGUUGGAGGUUGGACGAGUCUGUGCUGCCUUGUCGAUUCAAAUUUAAAGUUGGGAACGGUUCAUAGGUUAUUCGACCAAUUCGGCCUGUCGGGGUUUGUCGAAUUUUAUUUUCACUUUUUGAGAGCGAUCUUUAAGACGGAAUUAUUCGGUCCGAGUUGGUCGAGUAAUUUUGGCGAACUCGUUAAUGGGGUGUCUAUUGAAAAUAUUUGCAUCGUGAUGGAAAUUGUAACGAAAAAUUACUUUUUUUUUUUCUCUCUCCGAUGGGGCUUUACGCGUUUAUAUUUAUGGCGAUACAUGCCGCGGAUAAUUUAGAAUUGCGCUGAAUAUUUUUAACUUAAACUCUCUUGUGUUCUUUUAAGAUAUAUUGAUGGAUUUGUGUUAAUAGUUACUGAAACACUUGCAGUGGGAUUAUCGAAUACAGCGGUAGACACUUUCCGAAUGAAAAAUGGUAAUUUGACAUAGAAUUUUCUGUCCGUGUUACAAGAGAAACUUAAGGUUUAAGGUUCUUCAUAUUUUUUAGAAAGUUGUACCGAUUUUUGGAUGACUUUGUGCGUUACCUGAAAAUUGCAAGCUAUCAUUUUCUUAGUUUCAUUUGUUUGGCGGUGUAAUGCCUUCUUGUAAAAUGUAUAAAAUUAACCGCUUUAGUAAUGAUCGUAUUUUUAAAUGAAACAUAUAUGUAAUAUAUGUAAAGAAUUGUUUACAUUGCUUAUAGUUUAAUCGAGUCGAUGAUGCAGCAAUAGUCUGCAAUUAUUCAGAAGGAACUGUGACUCUGCAAUAUUGUAGUACGAACAAUCCUCCGGAGACUAUGCAAAGAAAUAUGGAAGAAAUGAAUUUAACUUUGUCAGUUGUGUCGAAUAUCUCGUUUCAAUCGAGAAGACGAGAAGAGUUGUACUCUUUCAAGUGACAAAAUAUCGUACUUUUCGGUCUCUUUAAGGAGACUAUAGAAAAAUACACUGUACAAAGUAUUCCGGCAGUUUCUUACAAUAAAAAAAAAGGCUUCGAGUCUGAUGGGGCUUCGCCGUGUUAAAGAACUAA